AUGGUGAACAUUAGAGUACAAAAAGGUCCGGAGUCUCCGAGGACGGAGGUUGGAGAGAUAGACACGAGAGCACCGUUCCAGUCGGUGAAAGCUGCCGUGAGCUUGUUCGGUGAAGUUGCCGUCUCAAGGCAAAGAGGUACUCCAAGGAGGUCUCGCCUCUCCUCCGAGAGCGUUUGUGAUAAAGAAACGCAGCUAAUGCUUGCACACAAGGAAUUCACAAAGAUCAAACAAAAGCUAGACAAUGCUGAAACCACAAGAUCUCGUGCGCUUUCUGAUCUCUCCAAGGCAAAGAAGACAAUGGAGGAACUUAGCAACAAGCUUGAGACUGUUAACAAGUCUAAGCAAUCCGCUAUUGACACCAAAGAAACCGUGCAACAGCGAGAGGAACAGCUUGAGCAUGAUAAGUCCCAUGGCUCUCCUCCUCACCACCACGAACUUGACGAUGCUAGAGAACAAUAUCUCUCCACCACCGUUGAACUCGACGCUGCAAAGCAACAGCUGAACAAAAUCAGACAGAGCUUUGAUUCCGCUAUGGACUUCAAAACCACUGCCUUAAACCAGGCUGCAGAAGCGCAACGUGCGUUACAAGUAAACUCUUCUAAGGUUAACGAGCUUUCCAAGGAGAUUUCUGAUAUGAAGGACGCGAUUCACCAGCUUAAGCUAGCUGCUACUCAGAAUCUUGAAGAGUACGGCAAUAUUGUUAAAGAGAAAGACGAUUUGCGAGAAUGUUACAGGACGGCCGUUGAGGAGGCAGAGAAGAAACUUCUAGGGUUGAGGAAAGAAUAUGAGCCUGAGCUCUCUAGGGAUCUUGAGGUCAAGCUGAUGGAGACAACUUCAGAGAUUGAGGUUUUACGAGAGGAGAUGAAGAAAGCUCAUGAAUCAGAAAUGAACACGGUCAAGAUUAUUACAAACGAGCUUAACGAGGCUACGAUGAGGCUACAAGAAGCUGCUGAUGACGAAUCCUCUCUCCGGACCUUGGUGAACUCUCUAAGGAUUGAACUUGGAGACAUAAGAAGAGAACGCGAAGAGUUGCAGCAGAGAGAAGCAGAGAGGUUAGAGAUUGAGGAGACGAAGAAGCUUGAAGCUCUCAAGGAAGAGAGCUUGAAGCUAGAGCAGAUGAAACUAGAAGCUGUGGAAGCAAGAAACGAAGCUGAGAAGAUGAACAAGAAAAUAGAGAGUUUGAAGAAAGAAACCGAAGCUGCAAUGAUCACUGCAGAAGAAGCUGAGAAGAGACUAGAGCUUGUUAUAAGAGAAGUGGAAGAAGCCAAAUCAGCUGAAGAGAAAGUCAGAGAAGAGAUGAGGAUCAUAUCUCAGAAGCAAGAGAGCAAGAAAGAAGACGAGUACUCUGGUUCCAAGAUAAAGAUCACAGUGCAAGAGUUUGAAUCUUUGAAACGAGGAGCAGGGGAAACAGAGUCUGCAAUCGAGACGAAGCUGGCAGCUAUAGCAGCUGAUCUUGAAGAGAUCAACGCAAGAAGAGCCGAAUCGGAUAGUAAACUAGCAGCGAGCCUGAAGGCGAUAGAGGAGAUGAAGCACGCAACGGAAUUGGCUCAGAAGUCGGCAGAAUCUGCAGAAGCAGCAAAGAGCGUUGUGGAAAGUGAGUUGAGAAGAUGGCGUCAACAAGAAAAUGUACAACAUGCUUAG